AUGUCAGGGCUAGAGAAGUCUUUAUUCCAGUUGAAAUUCACCGCUAAGCAGCUCAACAGACAGGCUGCGAAGGCCGGCAAGGAGGAGCAAACGGAGAAGAACAAGGUGAAGAAAGCCAUGAUGGCCGGCACGGAUGACAUUGCCAGGCUCUACGCACAGAACGCCAUCAGAAAGGGCAACGAGAGGUUGAACCUGCUGAGACUGGCCUCCAGGAUCGACGCAGUGGCGUCGAGGGUCCAGACUGCCGUCACCAUGAGACAGGUCACGGGUAACAUGACGAACGUCAUCAAAGGCAUGGACAAGGCCCUCCAGACGAUGAAUUUGGAGCACAUCUCGCUGGUGAUGGAGAAGUUCGAGCAGCAGUUCGAGGACCUGGACGCGUCCACCGAGUACUACGAGGGCGCAACCAACAACGCCACUGCCCUCUCAACACCUCAGGAGGAGGUUGAUCUGCUGAUGAGCAAGGUGGCAGACGAGGCCGGCCUGGAGAUGAAGCACAACCUGCCUACCCAGAGCGCAGAGCAGCCUGUCAAGGCACAGAAUGUCGAGGAGAAGGAGGACAAGCUGACACAGAGGCUCAGGGCCCUGAGAGGCUAG